UACAUAAGUCUUGCAGAAACUUGAGCGUUGCACGAAUAAACUGUAGCGCGCGCACACAAACACACACGCACACACAAACACACGUAGAAAAAUUUGCUUGUGAACAGGACUUUUUCUACCAUGCAGAUGAAUACGAUUUUAUGCAAAUCCUUAAAGGAUGAAUGUGCAUUUAGUUGCUUUGAUAGUCAACGCAUAACACCAAAUGGCGCUUAUCACCCCAACCCUUUUUUGUUCGAACCCACAGUUCCUUCGGAGAUAUAUUUGUACGCGUCCAUCUUUCUUUUUUUUCUUUUUUUGAAAGUUCCUGUUUUGUCAUAAUUGUGUAUCAUGGAAUAAAAUAUUUGUAAAUAAAUGUUGGCCUUUCGUGAGGUGUUUUGUAUGGGAACACGGUGUGGUUGCGGGGCGUUUCAAAAAAAGUCAAAUGCAUAAAGACGUUAGUUUGGUCAUAAUAUUGUGGAAGCAAAUUCGCAGAAUAUUAAGAAAACAAAAACAAAAAUUCAUAUGGACGCCAGAAGUGCUGAAUGUUUUGACCUCCGCUUGAUUGAAAAUUAGAUGAUGCUUGCAGCUGCAACACUAUAAUUCAACUCGUUUUGUAUUUUUUUUCCCAAUGAGAUCGGCAUUCAUGCCUUUUUAUUUGAUUUUCUUUUGAUGAGACGGGAGCGCGUUCGAUUGCGCGCGUGACCGUCCGGGGCCGUCCUGUCCCCUUCCCAACAGCAGAUGACGCUCUUGUUCUACUGUGCUGCCAUUUUUUUGCGAAAGGCUGCUCGCCGUGCUCCCCCGCACUCACCAGCCGCAGCAGCUCAAAGUUUACUGGACACGUUUUUGCUAUUCAUCAAUAUCCCCAUUGAGUAUCAACGCCAAUUUAUGAGUGGCCAACAUGCGCACGUGAUCCCAUACAAAUAGGCCAUAUUUGGGCAGCGCGCAUGGGAUCAAGGAUUUAAAAAAAAAAAGAUACCAAAGGCUAGUCCACCGAUAAAUCUUGGAUUAUUUUUUUUUUUUUUUAGGAGAGGCCAAUUUUUUUCUUCUUCUUCCAAACUGGGCUAGCAAGAAAAGCAAUGAUCAACACAAAUCAGGGAAUAAGGGCAAGCUUCUCGUUGCUAAAGGUGUAAAGCGGUUCUUCUUCUUUCUUUUUUUUUUUUUUUAAAUGAGCUCUUAUGUUGACAGCUGCUGUGUGAAGCAGGCGGGCGAGACAAGUUGUCCAAUGUUUGGCUUCAGUGUGGCGGGGCGCGGGUCCAGCCUGUGUCACGGAGGAUCCGCCGGCUCGCUCGGACGGGGCGAGAUGCAAAGCAGCCUACGAGGCAGCCCGGGGGAGGCUCCCCUCCCGCCGCCGCCGGCUUGCGCGCAUUCCGGCCCGGUCGCGCAGCGCUCGGGAGGCUUCCCGUGCGGCCGCGGUGCAGACAGAGCGCCGGAUAGGAGCGCCAAGUCCGGCGGCGCCCGGAGCCUGCAGGAAGGCGCCCCCGGUGCGGAGAAGGCGCAAACGGGCUCGCGCAACGCCAGCGCCAGCGCGCAGCGAGGCGACGAGCACGGACCGCAGAUUUAUCCGUGGAUGACCAAACUGCACGUGAGCCACGAAUCGGAGGGCAAGCGCUCGAGGACGAGCUACACCCGCUACCAGACUCUGGAACUGGAGAAGGAGUUCCACUUCAACCGCUAUCUGAGCCGCCGCAGGCGCGUGGAGAUCGCGCACACGCUGUGCCUCAACGAGAGACAGAUCAAGAUCUGGUUCCAAAACCGGCGCAUGAAAUGGAAGAAGGACUCCAAGACUAAAGUUAAGGAAUAAGGGCAUGGCCGAACACACUUUGCGCAAGCAGCUGUCUGACCUCCGGAUGAACUGCGGGGAGCAAUGACGUCAUGACACCGCAGCGUGACUCUUCCAUCAGCAAUUAUGUGUCGGCCGUUGCAGUUCGGAAUCCAAUGUAUUGACUCUCGCUCACGCUGAUCAAUCGGUUUGCGUUGCUAAAUGAAUUAAUUUGCUGCCUAUACAAGAAGUUGAGGGGCGCUGCGGAGCCAAACGUCCACCGAAUUCCUAAAUGGAAUUUAUUUAGAACUUGGAUGAGGAAACCAUGCACGUCAACUUUACCUCCAACGUCAUGUGAUUAAAAAAAAAAACGUUUUUUUUCUAAGAGUGCUCCAUGUAUUUUGUUAUUUUCUGCGUUCGGCGAUGUGUCAUUGUGAAUGAAUGAACUCGUAUGUAAUCCAAGGCGACUGUGUGUGAUGAUACUGUGAUGUGAGUGUUUGUGUGUGUGUGGGGGGGGGUUGGAGCGGCUGUCAUCUUUAGACUUCCGGUGCCUGACGAAUAAUCGAAUCAGCGAUUCACUGUUGACUGUAACUAAUAAAAUGAUUACACGCAC